UGUGACCUCCGAACUCACGUGAUUUUCCAUUAUUUCAGCUACCUCUUAGCUAGCUAGCUAGCUCUGCACUGCACUGGAUCGAGAGUGGUUAGCUUUCUCUCUAUCUAUAAGCUAGCUAGUGAGUUUGACGGACCAUACAACCCAAGAAUUGUUACUGCACUUCUUCCUCCAAUGACUGUGAGCUGGCCGGAAUGUCAAGCAAUAGCAGUCACUGGGUAUGGUUCCACAAGAACGUGGGUCGUGUGGAGACAGAGAGGAUAUUACUGGAGAGCAAAGAAGAUGGCUCCUUUCUGAUCAGAGAGAGUGACACUAUCAAAGGAGCCUAUGUGCUCUCUACAAUAUAUCAGAAGAGAAUCCAUCACUAUCGGAUACUACCAAACGAGGAUGGAAAAUUUUCUGUUCAGGCCCAGCAAGGUAUCCAACGAAAGGCUUUCUCUACGCUGGACGAGAUGGUGGAGUACUACAAGCUGGGCAAGCGAGGGAUUGUGUGCGCACUCACCAUCCCCAUACCUCAGAGGAGAGAGGAGGAGCAGCAGGAAGACCCUGAUGAAUCAGACGAUGAGGAUGAUGUUUCAAAAGAGAAAAACCUCAUAUCCAAAUUCCUGUUGGCCUCCCUGAGUACAGUGGACAUCACCAAUGUGGACAACAGCUUUUUGGAGAAACUCAAGUCCUAUCUCAAUGGUGACGUUGUUAAGGACGUGGACAGUAUGUCCACAUCCUUCCCUCAUGUCACACAGCUCAAGCAGCUCUUCUUGUCCGACUGUGCCAAAAUUCAUGAGCAACUGAACAUGGUUAUGGUACGUGUGGAUCUGAUGCAGAGUCUGUUUGACAGAGCUGGAGGGGCCAAACACGCUGGAGAUGUGAGCUCCAUGGCCAGGAGAAGGCGGUCCAAACCAGAGGAUGGUGAUUUUGACUCUCUGGGUUUCAAGCUCAGCGAUUGUUCUGAGUCCAUUCAGAGUUUGGAAACGACAGCCUUUCAGAUGUUUCGUGAGUUGAGUGUGACCCUGACUGGGCGUCCCUCCAACCCCAACUCCCUCACCCAGCCACCUGCACCCUCUGACUCAGGAAAAAAUUCUCCCGAUCAGGACAUGGACGACGAGGAGGUCUCCUUCGAUGUCAAGAUCGAGCACGCUCUCUCAGGCAAGAAAAACCAAAUACUGACAGUGAAUCUGAGAGACUGUCGCCUGUGUCUGUGUAAGCCAGGGGAGCGACAGGGGACCUCGUUCGAGCACCAUCAGAUCCUCCAGCUCGUCAAGUCACGUACCAGAGAGCACAGGCUCGGUGUUCAACUGAGCGGACAGAGCAGGAAAGACUACAUCUUCAAUGACAUGCGGGCACGAGAGCACUUUUGUCAGCUGAUUCAGUACAUUCGUAACAAGAUGAGACAGGAGGAGCAUGACCACGUCUCAAUAUUCGUGGGCACCUGGAAUAUGGGUGAUGCGGGACCUCCUGCCGAAAUCAGCUCGUGGAUACGCUGUAAUGGGAUGGGCAAAACGCUGUCCACUAAACUGGAGCACGCUCAUGACAUGUAUGUGUUUGGAACACAGGAGACAAGUGUGAGUGAAAAGGACUGGUUCUCUAUUCUCAAGCAGACACUCAAGACGCUCUACUCCAUAGAUUAUGAGAAGGUGACCUCUCAAACGCUGUGGGGCAUUAGGUGCCUCAUUCUAGUCAAGUCUGAGCACUCCAACAAGAUAUCACACGUUCAGGUGUCUCAGGUGCGUACUGGUAUUGGCAAUGCCUUGGGCAACAAAGGAGGAGUUGGCAUCUCCUUCUUUUUUGGAAAUAUCUCCCUCUGCUUCAUUAACUCCCACCUCACAUCAGGCAAUGAAAAGUGCACCAGGCGUAACCAGAACUACCAUGAUAUUUUGAAGGGCAUGGGUGCCCUCAAGCACAAGAACCUGAGCCAGUUCGACCUCACCAACCAGUUCACUCACAUGUUCUUCCUGGGGGACCUCAACUACCGCAUAGACCAACUAAGUGCCACUGAGAUUGUCGACUAUGCCAAAAAGAACGACCACUUCUCCAUAUUCUCUGAUGACCAGCUCAAGAGGGAGAUGGAAAAAAAGAAAGUGUUUGUCGGAUUCGAUGAGUCCCCUAUUCUGUUUCCGCCGACCUACCGGUUUGCCAAGGGAGCCAGAACACUGGACGACUAUGUCUGGGUCAAGCACAAGAGAUCAGGGAUUCGUAUUAACGUGCCCUCGUACUGUGAUCGUGUGCUGUGGCGGUCAUACCCGAAUGCCCCUAUCAUCAACACCUCGUAUGGGUGCACAGGUGACAUCAUGACAAGUGACCACUCCCCCGUCUUUGCCACCUUCCAGAUACUAGGCAUCAAGCAGUAUGCUGCUUCAGUUGCACCUACUAGUGGACUGAUGCCCACCAACAACAAGAAAGCAAUGAUUGUCAUUGACAGUGUCUCAGCAAGGAUACAGACGAACAGCAAGACGCACUUCUACAUUGAGUUACACUCAGCAUGCUUUGAGGGGUUGAGGAAGUCUCCACCCAACAAUGACUGGGCCCAGGUGCAGGACUCAGAGACAUAUGUACGGCCAGUAUGGCGAGCGAGAGACCCCGCGGUCAGUAUACAGCCCAUUGUCAAGGAGGAGGAGUACUUGGAGCAACAGCACCUGCUACUGAUCAUUAAGUCCCAGGAGAGUGAUGAGCCUUAUGCUGAAUGCUGUUUGUCCUUGAGAGAGCUAAUUGGCAAGUCACCAGUGUCUGUACGGCGGGAGCUCACCCAUCAAGCACUUCCCAUCGGAGAAUUAGAUGCCCUGAUUCAUGUCACACUUGACCAGUACAAGCAGAGGGUGACGGAGGAAGAGCUUUACUCUGACGUCAACUUCAUUAUUCAAGACCAAGGGGCAGCCGGUAGUAGUUCUUUGGAUUUUGUCAGUAAUGGCUCCAAGGUUCGACAGAGGAGCCACCACUCAGAGUCAGCGGACCCUCCCAUAAUGAAUGCCAGAUAUCGGAAGGACUCUAUUGGGACCCGCCCCAUGCUCCCUGUCCCCCGCUCUACCAUCAACUCACACAGACCAUCAUCAGCCUCCACCCCCAGUGCCACUGCUGAAGCUGGAGCACCCCCACUACCACGCAGAAGGGAAGGAGCUAUUUCUCCCAGAAAUUCAACAAAUGUACCUAGUAGCAUGAAUAUACCUAGUAGCAACCCUCCUAUUCCUUCCAGAAGAAUAGAGAGUCCAAGCACAACGGAUCCUCCUGUUCCAGUGCCUCGAUUGCGACCCUCUCAAAGCAAUCCUCCUCUCCCUACAAAACGGAAAAUGCCCCCUACCCCUACCUCCACUCCAUUUCGUCAAGGGUCCUCACCCCCUCUGAAGGGAAGAAAUGCGGACCCCUUGCCUCCCCUACCCUCUAAAUCACCUCCCCUCCCUAUUGCUCGGCAAGAAGUACCUCCAUCCCCUCCUGCACAUAGAAGACAAGGAGGGAGAUCUCCAAGACCACCAUCUACUGUAGAUUCCCUGCUUCAUUUGAACGGGUUGCAGCAGUUCUCCAGCAUCCUCAUCGCUAAUGGUUACGAUGAUAUGCACUUUCUGGCUGAAGUGUCUGAAGAAGAACUGGAAGAAAUAGGAGUCACCGAGUCCUCAGAUAGAGGAAAGUUACUGCAAAUAUUUAGGAAGGCAACUUAGAGUCGCCAUUGAUCAAGAACAAGUUCGUGUGAUCUUGGAAAUUUGAACCUACAAUCAUUGUUGAUCGUAAAUCUCUUUUAAAGACUGUUUUUUUCAUGCGUCUUAUGUUUUUAUACCAUCCUCAGGGCUUAUUGUUGAUGUGUUUUUUGUAUUGAUUGUCGUAGGAUUUGUAUGAUGUUUAGUUUAAUUUUCACUCAUUAUUUUAUUUUAUGACUUUUUUAUAGCAUGCACUAUUAUUAUCAUUAUUAUGAUUAUAUACAUACUAGAUUACUAAUUAAUUAGUGUCAUG